UCAAUUCACAGUCGUCAGUACCUCCACGGCAGCCCUGGGCGCCUGCAUAUCCGUAUUCUAGCCAUUCGACACGUCAUAGAACGGCAAUUGGGCCGACAAGUGGAGCAGAAAGGUCGAGAUAUUGAUAAAUAAAAAUAUACUCCAACGAAACUACGAGUUAAAUCGUCUCCCCUUCGGUUAUGAGACUGAGAGUGCGAUAGAUGUUCGGUUCAUUGGCAGCUUAUGUGCGCUCUCGGGCAGUUAAUCGUGAGGAAGUAAUUUGUUUGACCUGGAGGACGUGGUGAGUCUGAUUGGCCGUCCCACAAUUCAAUCGAUCUUCUCACCAGCUUCUCCAUCGCAUGGGCUCAUACGGCGGAAUGAAAAAUCAAUGGAAAUAAAAAUGAAAAACAUUUUCAAUUGACUUUCGUGGACGAGUUCUGCACGUGCAAAUAUAGGUCCGAAAAGAGAGAAAUCGGUGCAUUCGGUUACGUCCGACAUUACGUGUUAACGGAAAAACAAACAUCCAAUUCGUGGGACCGGCCUCUGCAAACAACGGAGAUUAAAGUGCGUGAAAAUCCUUCAGUCCCUCGUUUAUUUUUUCAUCAACAAACGGCAAUUAAAGUGAAAAUUCAAAUAGCCGGGGUAUUACGGUGUUCAAUUGUAAUUGUGGUGGUGUACAAUGAUAGAGGAUUGAACAGAAACAGGGGAGAAUGAGAAUUAACUUUUCGGAAUUGAAACGGGGGAAUUAAUCCGACGUAUGUGUGCAGAGGGGGAAAAAUUCGGGGACUUUGUCGGGAGGAGAUAAGGAAUAAAAGGAAGUGGAGCACGAGAAACCGAGGACUGGUGGGACUGGAAUUUUGGUGAAUUUGGAGAUACGAUGGACGUCAAUAUUGGGGGGAUUUUUGCGCUGCUGUGCGUGAUUUUUUUGACUGGAGAUGUCGAGUCGCAGUUUAGGGAUAAAAAUAUAAGCAUAAAUCAAGAGGCAGAUGCAGUUCAGACGCUGUUAGCUAGGUACCUAAGACGUCGUCUGCAGGCUACUCAACUGUCAACGCCUCCACCGCCCUCCGUCCUGUUCUCGUCAAAUCAGCAUCGGGCUAAUGUUCGUCAAGCAACAAGACGACAGAACGAUUUACCGUCAACUUUAGAUGAGACUGAAGCGAGAAAUAAGAAAGAGUUUCAGAGGGAAGAGUUUGAUGAUGAGGCUGAUGAUCUUCAAGGGAUCGAGGACAGCGAUAGGGGAAGAACAAGGAUUGAUUUGCUUGCCGAUGACUGUCCCAAUUGCGUGGAUGAACAUGCUGGGGGUCUCACUGCACCCUCGAGGUGGACAAUGCCCCUCUUGAAACUCGGGGAGAAGAGAUACUAUCUGGGUAUUUUUUUCAAGGCAAAUUGGUACAGAGCCUCUCAGUAUUGUCGUUACCAUGGUAUGCACUUGGCUAGCAUUGCCUCCCAGGAAGAAAACGACAGACUGGAGAAGCACAUCAAGGACUUUGGAUUGGGUCAUGAGCACUUCUGGACAUCUGGCACCGAUCAGGCCGAGGAGGGCACGUUCUUCUGGAUGGCAAAUGGCAGACCGAUUACCUUUGAAAACUGGAACGUCGGGGAGCCCAAUAAUUUUCGGUACGAAAACGGCGAAGAGGAGCACUGCCUUGAACUUUGGAAUCGCGAUGGAAAGGGACUCAAAUGGAACGACAGUCCCUGCAGUUUCGAAACCUACUUCGUCUGUGAAGUUCAGUGAUUUCAAACUCCGACUAUGGAAAGAUAAUGAAUGACGAGGAAGACCUUGACACUUGGGCGCAUUUUGUAACUAAAGAAUCAUUAACGCCAAAGGACGGAUGAGUGUGAAUAAAGUUGAGUGUCAACCGGUAUCGGUACAUUUUUUAGCGACAGCGCAAUGCUUCAAACCUUGAGGGCGCACACGAAAAAAUUUCAUAGAAAGAGCGAGUGAAUUUUAUGGAAAAUUCUAUUCGAUUUCUAUUGAAACUACUCGUUGUCUUCGAUUGAUUCUGCUGAAAAAUGCCGUGAAUUUUCCGCGGAUUUUUACUCUUCAAAAAGUCCAGUAGAAAAUACUCUAAUCUCUAUUUUUUACGAAGGCACUAAAAUGUUUUUUAAUAGCUGAGAAAUUUUUAUAAAAAUCUAAUAGAAUCUAUCAAGAAAAUUUGUUAAUAAAAAUAUUUCUAUUGAACUGUUCUGUACAUGGGGUUUUAUCCAUAAAAAAACUGAUGACAUUCAUUCAAAGUUAUCCUCGUAUUUACAAAUUUACAUUUCUCGAAGAUUUUGUUUCGAAUUGGAACCAAUAACUUUGAUAAUUUUAAACCAACAUCGAAAAAAAAUCAUACAUAAUUCAACUGACAUUACGAAAACCCUAAUAUGUAAAUUCCGAAUGAAUGUCGUCAUUUACCCUUUCGAACGAAAUACCUUAACAACUCGGGGAGAAUUAAUACCAGCGAUGGUACUACGUAUUCUGUAAAGCUAUUUAUGUACGUUAGAUCGUGUACUAUAGAUUUUUUUUUCUUUCUGAUUAUUUUUGUGAGAUACAGUGCUGCGAUGUCCUUCCACACUAGUGUUAUAUUAAUUAUUAGAUGAAUAAGGAAUAAAUUAAGCAUAGCUGUAAUCACGUGUGCGAAGGAGAUCGUAUAUCAUGUAUUUUGUUUGUUGAAAAUAAAAAUUAUUCAGACAGAACAGGAUACGGAGCUGAUUUUUUUAUCGUCAAACGUUGGACUCUGUAUUGACUGGAAACGAGGGUUGAUAAGAGAAUAUCUCGGAGAUAUCCUGUGUUGAUAAACAGGGAUUGCCUGUAGUCAGGGUAGAUAGCUCUAAUUUAUCGACAAAAAAAAUUGCACUUCAAUUUUUCAUGUAUCAUCAUUUGAAUAUUUUCUCGGAAUUUAGGGGGUAGUUUUAAUUAUCCAAAAUCUAAGUACUCCAAAAUUCUUAAGAAAUCAAAUUGUUCAUUUAUUAAUGGCAUUUAAAGUAAUACAUAUAUGGUCUUUGCAAAUUUCCUAGACAGUUCAUCAAUAAUAUACAAUAACAAAUUCCUCGAAACUCAUAGAAACCCAUAAUAUACAACGAAAUAUACAAAUUCAUUAGUGACCUAUUGAAUACAGAAUCUCUUACUAAUUCUCAUCUCUCUUGUAUUAUACACCAACUCGAUUAGAAAAAAGAAUUACGAAGAAUCUCAAUGAAUUGUCGAAGCCACAGUAAUUAUUGCACGAUCCUGAAAUCGAUGAGUUUACAGUCACCGAGAUUCUUCAGCCUAUCUCCUUCACCUCCCUACCUCACCCCUCUCCCAACAUUUAUCGGAUUGAAAAGGGCUACUAUACAAUGAAAAUUGCAUCCGCAAAAUGAAGUUUAUCGUGGUGGUACGUUAAAUCAGACUUUACAUCAAUUUCAUAGUUCUGGACAAUCGAUUCUGUGACUUAUUUUCAAAAUGAAAAUACUCUCCAUACACAUACCAACAGAGAAAAAUACAAUAACCAAGCAUUCACACUAUUAUUCAUUACAGAAGAUACUGCGGCAAUUGUGUACACUUCUCUCCAAUUAUUAUUAUUAUUUGGCCUAUUAUUAACGUUUUAUUUUUCUCUUCACUCUCUUGUUUAUCAAGUAGUAAGGCUUCUUCGAUGUUCAACGUUUCCCCAGUUGUACAGAAAAUUGUUUCGUUGACGUCGAUAAUUGCAAAAGCAUUUGUCUUUUUUUUUAUCCAACAAAAGCAUUUGUUUAUCAUCAAAAUAUAUACGAAAAUCAUAACGUCUAAU